AUUGCAGGUCCACAAACCAUUCACUAAAUUUUGUAAAGAAGUAAAAGCUCCGAUAUUAUUAAAGUGUAAUAGUUAAAAAAUUGUGUAAACAAAGUAGAUAGAUAAUAAAUUGUAUAAAAAUGGAGGACAUGAGAAACGAAAAGGAAUCUAUACCAGAACUACCAGAAUCAUCCACCGAAAGUCUGGACAGGGCUGAAGCUUCGAACAAAGAAUUAGAAGAGUUACAAAACGAAAGCACUAUUGGUGAAAAUUUAAAAAUCAAUAUGAAAGCAUUAGCAAAACGUGCGGAAACAUAUGAAUUAGAGAAAUUCAAAAAGAACCAUAUGCUUAUAUUGAAUCAUAUGCAUGUAAAUGGUUGUGAGUCUAGAAUUGGAACUGAAAAAGAUGUCGAAGCACUUAAGAUAACAUUUGAAAAGUACGGUUUCGAAGUGGACAUUAGAAAUGAUCGGACUCAUACGGAGAUACAGGGAAUACUUAAAGAAUUAAGUAAAAAAGAUUUUACCGAUUAUGGUUGCGUGGCUGUGGCGGUUUUAACACACGGCGCUGAACAAGGCCUCAUAAGGGCAAAAGAUAAAACUUAUAACGAGUCAGAAAUUAUAAAACAUUUUAAAGUCGAUUUAAGACCGACUCUAGUGACGAAACCGAAGAUUGUCAUAAUACAGGCUUGUCGUGGGGAAGAAGAAAUAGAAACAGUGACUGUUUUUAAAGAAAAAGGCAAGACCAAGAAAGAUUUUGAUGAUAAAAAUAAAGAGAAACCGUACACAUUGCCAGUAGAGGCUGACAUGCUCGUAUGUCACAGUUCCUAUUUCGGUAAACCAUCACUUAGGGACGAUAAAAAUGGUUCAUGGUUCAUACAGUCUAUCUGUCGAAAGAUAGAAGAAUUGGCAGCAACACAUGACUUUGAAUCAAUCAUGGUUGAAGUGAAGAGACAAGUCGCUAUAGAUCAUUGCGAGGUAGAACGUAACACAACAACGGAUCAGAUAGAAAUAAACAAACAAAUGCCAGUGAUUACGUCAACUUUGAUAAGAAAGUUGUAUCUCAGAAAGUAUGGCGAACCACCUGUAUUAGUACGCGAUUAUAUACCACCGUUGACACCUCAAAUCUCUCAAUGCCCUUGUUUUAUAGACCAUUUUGACUAUAUGAAGACUUGUUUGAGUUACUACUUGGAUGAACAUCCCGGAGACAACGCAGCACAGUCGUUAUACGAUAUGGUUAAAGUUUUCGACGAUAGACCAGAAUAUAAUGAAAUCAAAAAGGAAAUGUUGAAAGACAUUUCGGACCAUCUCAGAAGUGAUAGAGCAAGAGAAUAUCAGUUCCAAAAAUUUGUGCACUUCUUUAAUAGCGGGCAAUUUACCAAUUAAUUAACACAACUUUCUAAUACAUAAAAUGUAUAUUAAAUUAUGAUAUAUUAAUAUGCUUUGUCCAGAAGUCAUUUUUACAUAUUCUUUUGUUACACACAUAACGGAGAUCUUUUUCCUAGACCGUGUCCUGUUUGAAGA